AUGGCUCUUUGGAGACCUUGGGAAAAUGCUCCAAGCCACGAGGAGAUGGUUGAUGAACCUGUGCAGGCAGAAUUCUUUCAUAAAGAUUUAGAGGAACAGACCCAAAGAGUAAUCCUAAAUAUGUAUGAUUGUCUGAAAAACGAAAAUCCAGAUUCCUCGCAAAAUCAAAUUUUAAACAGAAUUUGUAUCCUGACAAAAAUCAGUCGGUCUACCAUUUAUCGGGUUAUAAAAAGGGGAGAUGUAGUCAACCAUUUCUUCCACAGAAAGCGCAUAGGGCAAAAAUUAAAAAGAAUAGACGUGGGUUUUCAGGAAGAUAUUCGUCGUAUAAUAUACGGAUUUUAUAAAGAAAAUUUGGUGCCCACGUUGGAAAUGAUACGAGAUAAAUUAAAAGAUUAUCCUGAAGAUUUUUAUAACUACAAAUGCAUAGACUCACUGCACUGUAUUGUAAAACUGUGUGGUUUUCAAUACAAAAAAUUAGAUAAAAGAAUGGUGAUUAUGAAGUCGUCUCGAAUCGUUGAAUUGCGCCAAGAAUUUUUGCACAAAGUUAAAAUCUAUAGAGAGCAGAAAAGAAAUCUGAUUUACCUGGAUGAAACGUGGUAUGAUACCCAUGAUGUUGUGCAGUACGGCUGGGUUGACGACAGCAACAAGUGCAUUUUAAAUGCACCAUGCAACCGUGGAAAACGAAUCAUUAUUCUCCAUGCUGGCAGUGAAAAUGGAUUUAUACCUAAUGCCUUGCUGUUAUCUGCCAAAAAUAUCAAAGAAUCAUGUGGACAUGACCUCCGACUUGUGUGGAUAGAGCAGCAGUUAAUACCAAACAUUUCCCCAAAUUCAGUGAUUAUUAUGGACAAUGCGCCAUACCAUUCCCGACAGAAAAGCAAAAUUCCGAAUACAGGCACAAAAAAACAAGACAUUAUUGAUUUUAUGAAGGAUAAGGGAAUGGAAAUACCACAAAAAUCAACCAAAGCCAUAUUAUUGGAUCUUAUUAAAAGACAAAAAUUUGAAAAAGAGUAUGUUGUUGACAAUCUGCUUCAGCAAAAUGGCCAUGAAGUAUUACGUCUACCUCCCUAUUACUGCAUUUUUAACCCGAUUGAGUUGGUCUGGGCUGCUUUAAAAAAAAAUGAAUCGCUAUUGGCCACAAUAAGAGAUUCAGUAUCUCAUAUUGCUGCCACAGACCUAUGGAAGCAGUGUUCUAGGCAUAUUAUUGAAAAAGAAAAUGAAUAUUGUGUUUUGCCUCCUGUAAAUCCCGUUAACAUUUUCCUCGCCAUAAUUUAUUACAACUUUCAGAGACAGAUAUCGCAACAAGAAUGCCUUGCUGAGUUACUGUCUGUUUUUGGCAACGAAGCGAUACAUCAGUCGAUAAUUUCCCGUUGGUAUGGAGAACUCAAACGUGCAUGGGUGAGUCUUAGCGACCAUCCCAGGGUGGGUAUUGAGGCGUCCAUGAAGAUCUCAAAGACCUCAAUUCAAAAAAUUUUACUUGAAGAAUUGGGAGUGGUCGCGACAUUUGUGUCAACAGCGGGUCAUAUUGCGACAAUUCCUCUUAAUGAGCAAAGAACUGUUACUGCGGAUUGGUUUACCACCAUUUGUUUUCCAAAAGUCAUCACCGAGCUUCGAAAAAUCAACCCCGAAACAAGAAUCAUCCUACACCAAGACAAUGCAAGCUUGCACACUGCCCAAAGAACAAGGCAGUAUUUAACGGAUGAAAAGGUGGAAUUAUUGGACCAUCCUCCAUAUAGUCCCGAUCUAAGUCCUAACGAUUUCUUUACUUUCCCGAAAAUAAUAAACAGACUGCUUGGUCAAACGUCACCAGAAGAAGCAGUUGACGCAUUCAAAAAUUCCGUUUUGGAUCUGCCAGCAAACGAAUGGAAUAAGUGCUUCGAAAAUUGGUUCGAGCGCAUGCAAAUGUGUAUUAAUCUUCGUGGAGAAUACUUCGAAAGACAAUAA